AUGGUUGUUAUCUUUCCCAUUGAGACGCCAGCCCAAAGGCAAGUCUUGGGUGUGGCCAUCGCUUUCUCCAUUCUAGCUGUGGUAGCGGUAUGCCUGCGACUGCUAGCGCACCAUCUUGCGCGUAAGAGAUGGAUCCUAACUGACUAUUUCAUAAUUGCAGCCGGUAUCUUCGCCGUUGGCCUCCAGUCCAUCAGCAUCACCGGCGUGAUACAAGCGGGCAUCGGUUAUGGUCAUGUCAAUACAAUUGCAGGGACAUUUGGCACCGAGCCUAUCAUUAAACUUCUUCAGCUGAUCAUCCCAUUGCAAUUCCUCUGGGUUCUGAGUCUCAGCUGUACAAAGAUCUCCAUCUUGUUCUUAUACCUUAGCAUCUUCCCCGUCACUUGGGUUGUGCGAGUAUCCUGGGCAACAAUGGCUCUGAUUGUAGGCUGGACUAUUGGGACAAUACUGGCUGGGUGUCUGAUCUGUCGGCCCUUCGCUUUUAACUGGGACCAGACUAUCCCUGGGGGGUCGUGUGGUAACCAGGUUACCUCAUUCAAGGUGACGGGGAUUAUAAAUCUUAUUACCGACGUUGUUGUGCUGGUGACACCUAUGCCGCUACUGUAUAAGUUACAAAUGGCCACGUAUAAGAAAGUGACAUUCAUCACUAUCUUCGGGUUGGGAGCAGUCACAUGUAUCAUCAGCAUUCUUCGCAUCUCUGUUCUCUCCACAAUGGACUUCACCGACAUCACCUACUCGAUUCCCCGUGCCAACAUCUUCAGCGGCCUGGAGCCCUGCCUCGCUGUCAUCCUUGCUUCGGUCCCUAUGAUGCGCCCCCUCCUAGGACGUUUAAGAUACACACCCGAGGUGACAGCUCGCCCACCGAAUAAAUCUCCAUCCCCGUCUGGAAGAUCCGGGUCUACUGGCGAUGGCGAGUUCCAGCCGCUUCAGAAUAAUUCGAGUGAGCUGUGUUUGCGCCCAAUCGGACCAAAGCAUGAAGUUGGCGUCGCAGUUCAAAGCCCCACAGAGGCGAGAGAUAUAUCCCGUGGGAACGAAGCCUCUCUUGAAGCUGGAAAGAGCAGGGAUACGGAUCAGAGGGAGAAAAGAGGCUUGGGGAUUUCAGUCAAGCAGGAAUGGGCUGUGUUACAUGGACGGGGGCAUCCAAUUGUGAUUCGCUCUUUCCGAUGUUUUGGAUAUUGUUCUUUCCAUUCACAUUAUUUGAUUAUCUGUACUAUGUACAUUGUUUCGGACUUGCAUGGCUUCUCAUUUCAAGACCUCGUGUAUCACAAUAUCUCUUUUGUUCAAAAUUAUCUUCUCCAAGAGACGUUCCCAAAGAUCUCGUCAGUAAUCUACAGAAUGUUGUUCAGAUAUCUUCUCGCUUUGGUUAUCCAACUAUGCUGGGUUGAUCUCGGGCUUGCCCAAGACGCGACAAUUACGAUUCCAUGGGUCACAGAUGCACCCGAUUACUUCCAUGGCUAUGGGGGCAAGGUCAUAGGCGCCAAAGAUGCAACAACAACCUACGGAAUCAACUGUCUCUCGGACCAAAGAGCCUGCCACCGAUUCACUCCAGAUUUGACAGUUAUCUACGGACCGAGCACAUAUGACAUGAUUGCCAACGGCUACAAAUUCGACUUCACCUCAGGUUGCACGCUCAUGGGCUCUCCAACACCCACAGGCGCAUCUUGCACAGAAACGAAGUCCUUGCAUGAAGCUAGUACUACCACCUCAGCCACAGUCCUUGUUCCAGCCACGGGCGACGAUUCCACCCUUGGAAUUUUCCCGGCAACCUUGAUCGUGACAGAUACCGGAGACUUCCCCGCGCCUUCUACUGCGACCGAAGACAGACCCUUGACCGAUUCUCAUGUCUCAACCACUGACUCAAGCUUGACUGCGCCGGCGACCGCGACCACUGAUCCCAUUAGCGUAGCCUCGGUUGGAUUCCUUAAUUCGACAGCCAUGAUAACUGGUGGCCCAACUUAUUUCGGCAACGGAACUUCGCAGGGUAGCAAGAAUGGGACGACAGUGACCGUGACGGUUCUCGCUAGCUCUAUUCCGUGUCACUGUGAAUGUGACUGCGGACAACAUCAGACCGCCAAGGCCACCGUCACUGUCCCGAUGGCGAUGAAAAACCACGGAGUCAACACGGCUGCGCCCGUGGCAUUGAUUUAUGGAAUUGUAGCGGGCGCUAUGUUCUGGAUUUGA